AUGGCCCGCAGGCUGUUCCCCGGCCAGAAUAUGGCGUUUGGACUAAGCCUGUUCCUCUUCACGUUUAUGUUUCUGCCGACGCUGGUGAUGCUGUUGGCCGUUGUGGUGUUCUUUGCAGUGUACUACCCGCGAUUGCGGAAGUCGACGUCGACUCCGCGCUUGGAUUCAUGA